GACUGGCCCGAGAAUUAUCGUGAGAGCAGCAGCGGCCGGGCAGGUGUUGGGGGCGUUCCGGGAUUGAGGGGUGGUUGUGUUGGUGGCUUAGGGAUACCCUACUGGCUAUCGCUUCAGUGGGUAGAGGGGACCCCUGCCCGAGAGCUUUAAUGGAGCUGGGUCCUGCCUUCGCGCUGAGGAGCCCUCGUUUUCGAGAUCAGGCCUGACCGGGAUAAGCUCCAGGUAUUUUGCCAUCCUUUCCUUCCAUGAUGUGAUUCUUCAGGCCAAGAAGAAAAAGAUGUGUCUGUAGUUAAAAUUACCUCAACCUUGGUGUUUUUCAGCCUAGGAUCACUAUAUGUAACUAAUGCCGUUACAUUACAACUGUCCUUGAAGACUAAUUAGUUACACUGGCUAUGCUGCUGUUCUUUACUUUGGGAUUGCUUAUACAUUUUGUGUUCUUCGCCUCCAUCUUUGACAUUUAUUUUACAUCUCCUUUGGUUCAUGGAAUGACUCCUCAGUUUACACCAUUGCCCCCUCCAGCGAGAAGAUUAGUGUUGUUUGUUGCUGAUGGCCUUCGAGCGGACACACUUUACGAAUUAGAUGAAAAUGGGACCUCUAGAGCACCGUUUAUUAGGAAUAUCAUAAUGCAUGAAGGCAGCUGGGGCAUAUCUCAUACACGUGUGCCGACAGAAUCUCGGCCAGGUCAUGUAGCUCUGAUAGCUGGGUUUUAUGAAGAUGUCAGCGCAGUUGCCAAAGGAUGGAAGGAAAAUCCUGUAGAAUUUGAUUCUCUCUUUAAUGAAAGUAAAUACACAUGGAGCUGGGGAAGCCCAGAUAUCCUGCCUAUGUUUGCCAAAGGUGCUAGUGGAGACCACGUUUAUACAUACAGUUAUGAUGCUAAAAGAGAGGAUUUUGGUGCUCAAGAUGCAACAAAACUGGAUACGUGGGUUUUUGAUAAUGUUAAGGACUUCUUUCGUCAUGCCAGGAACAACCAGUCUUUGUUUUCUAAAAUAAAUGAAGAGAAAAUAGUUUUUUUCUUACAUUUAUUAGGAAUAGAUACAAAUGGACAUGCUCAUCGGCCAUCCUCGAGAGACUACAAGGAUAAUAUUAAAAAAGUUGAUGAUGGAGUUAAAGAAAUCGUGUCUAUGUUUAACCAUUUCUAUGGAAAUGAUGGGAAAACAACAUUUAUCUUUACCUCUGACCAUGGAAUGACAGACUGGGGUUCCCAUGGGGCUGGUCAUCCUUCAGAGACUUUAACUCCUUUAGUCACUUGGGGAGCUGGAAUCAAUUAUCCCCAAAGAGUAUCAGCUCAACAAUUUGAUGAUUCAUUUUUGAAAGAGUGGAGAUUGGAGAACUGGAAGAGGCUAGAUGUCAAUCAGGCUGAUAUUGCACCAUUGAUGACUUCCCUUAUUGGAGUUCCCUUUCCUCUUAACUCAGUGGGAAUCCUUCCUGUGGAUUAUCUUAACAACACUGAUCUCUUCAAAGCAGAGAGCAUGUUUACAAAUGCAGUACAGAUUCUUGAACAGUUCAAGGUGAAAAUGACUCAGAAAAAAGAAGUUACUUUACCAUUUUUGUUUACACCAUUUAAACUGCUUUCUGAUUCCAAACAGUUCAAUAUUUUAAGAAAAGCAAGAUCUUAUAUAAAACACAGAAAGUUUGACAAAGUGGUCUCCCUUUGCAAGGAGCUAAUUCAUCUAGCGUUGAAAGGAUUGGCCUAUUAUCACACAUAUGACAGAUUCUUUUUGGGCAUCAAUGUUGUUACUGGUUUUGUGGGAUGGAUAUCUUACGCUUCUUUGUUGAUCAUCAAGUCUCAUUCCAACCUUAUGAAAGGUGUUAGUAAAGAAGUUAAGAAACCAAGCCAUCUCCUGCCAUGCAGUUUUGUAGCUAUUGGCAUUUUAGUAGCAUUUUUUCUGCUGAUUCAAGCCUGUCCCUGGACGUAUUACGUAUAUGGUUUGUUGCCAGUGCCAAUAUGGUAUGCGGUUCUAAGAGAAUUUCAAGUUGUUCAGGACCUUGUCACAUCACUGUUGACCUAUCCUCUGAGCCAUUUUGUUGGGUACCUGUUAGUCUUUACCUUGGGCAUUGAAGUAUUAGUUCUCAGUUUUUUCUACCGCUAUAUGCUUACCGCUGGACUUACUGCCUUUGCGGUUUGGCCAUUUCUCACUCGGCUGUGGACUCGAGCAAAGGUGACCUCACUGAGUUGGGCUUUCUUCUCUGUGCUCCUGGCAGUGUUCCCACUGAUGCCGGUUGUAGGUCGAAAGCCAGACAUCUCUCUAGUGAUGGGUGCAGGCUUGCUGGUUCUUCUGCUUUCCCUGUGUGUUGUAACAUCUCUCAUGAAAAGAAAAGAUAGCUUUAGAAAGGAAGAGCUGUUGGUACAUCUAUUACAGGUGCUGAGCACAGUGCUCUCCAUGUAUGUUGUGUAUAGCACCCAGAGUAGUCUACUUAGGAAGCAAGGACUGCCUCUUAUGAAUCAAAUUAUUAGCUGGGCAACAUUAGGGGCAUACUGCAACUGUCAGUACAUACUUUACAGUGGGAAAACUUGGAGAAGGAAGGGGUUAGGAAAAAAUCAGCUUCUGAAGACCUCUUCCUUGGUUGUGCCACUACUGAGUUCUCCAGCUGUCUUUCAGCGAUUGUUCAGCAUACUUCUUUCGUUGAUGUCAACCUACCUCCUUCUAAGCACGGGGUAUGAAGCUGUCUUUCCACUAGUAUUGUCUUGUUUGAUGUUUGUCUGGAUAAACAUAGAACAAGAAACUCUACAACAAUCUGGUGUUUGCUAUAAACAAAAGCUUACCAGUAUCCAGUUCUCUUAUAAUACUGAUAUAACUCAGUUUCGACAGCUGUAUCUGGAUGACAUCCGUAGGGCCUUUUUCCUUGUUUUCUUCCUAGUGACAGCAUUUUUUGGAACUGGAAAUAUAGCUUCUAUUAACAGCUUUGAUCUUGCCUCUGUCUAUUGCUUUCUGACUGUGUUCAGUCCUUUCAUGAUGGGAGCCCUGAUGAUGUGGAAGAUUUUAAUCCCCUUUGUUCUUGUUAUGUGUGCUUUCGAAGCGGUUCAGUUGACUACUCAGUUAUCGUCAAAAAGCCUUUUUCUCAUUGUUCUCGUCAUAUCAGACAUUAUGGCUUUGCAUUUUUUCUUCUUGGUCAAGGAUUAUGGCAGCUGGCUUGAUAUUGGGACAAGCAUCAGCCACUAUGUGAUUGUCAUGUCCAUGACCAUCUUUUUGGUGUUCCUCAAUGGCCUGGCCCAGCUGCUCACAACAAAGAAACUCAGUCUAUGUGGCAAACCCAAAAGCCACUUCAUGUGAAGUUGCUGAAGCACCAUUCAGCAUCUGGAUCCUGAUUCUCCUUUUAAACUAAAAUCUCAUCAAGGACUCAAUAAGAAGAUGGAUAUGGAUAUAUAGUAUAUUCUACUCCUGUAGGGAAAAUGAUAUUUGGAAUUCCAAACUGACAGGUUAUCUGGAACAAAGGAGCUUCUUUUCUUUUUUUCCUAGAUUUUGCAGGCAUGAAAUAGUGAUUAUAUCUGUGGAAAAGCAUAGGAAGGCAUUCUCCAUUUUCAUUUUUCUCCUUUGGCUGGCAGCUCUUCCCAGUGAUGUUGAGAACACCUACAGUAAUCUGGUCCCCAACCGCACAGCUUCCCGCAUACCCAGAAGCGAGCACAUGCCUGUGGGGGCAGUGCUGAUGGCAUCCAGAAUCAUUGCCGUGGCUCAGCUGGAAGGAAGUCACUAGGUGCCAGCGUCAAUGUUUAUCAGCUUUCAGCACUGGUUUCGUUGGACAAUCAGGGUGUAUUAUUUCAAAAGCUUCAAUAGAAAAAGUGUUUGCAGGUAUCUGUCAUAUUUCUUUAGUAUGCAAUAAUACUAUCUUAUCCUUUUUAGUGCUAUUUCUCGGGUUUUCACAGUCAACCAGCUGGAUGCAUGUCUAUCCUUCACUUUUUGUUUUUUUUUUUUCAUUUCUGGAUUUUCAUGGAAUUUCUGACAAUACGAAAGUAGAAAGUGCUUGGUAUUUCUGUCUUAUACAUAGGAAAACAUUUAAAAUAAAUAGUUUUUAAUUGUAGGCUCAUCAUUUGUUACCCCAUAGCUUUUUCAUGUAUUAUUUCUUUCCCUUUGAAUUUAUUUUUACUGUCAUCUAUUAUUUUAACAGGAGUUUAAAAUUCAAUGGUUUAACUUUCUGACAGUAUCAUAAGAAUUCAUAUUAGAGGUGUUAUUCUUUCUGGUUGUGAGAUUCUAGCCCAAAGGCCUAAAAUCAUCAAAUUAGAUUUCCAUUUGUAAACAAAUUUUAAUGGGCAAAAUGUCUUGAGAGCAGUUUUUAUAUGGAUUGUCCAUAAAAUGACCUUUACGUAUCCCUGUGGAGUUGGCCUUUUGCCUGUGGUAUGCCAGUAGCUUUUGGCUGAUGCUAAGCUUUCCUGGUAUGUGCACUAUUUUUAAGAAGUAAUUGCUUUUGAAUUAAGUUAUAGCAUUACUAAUUCACGUUAAUGACUAGGAAGCCCUCUGUAAUUUAUUAGAUUUUUCAAAUUGGCGGGGAGUGAAUAAAUACAAUUUAAAAGAGUCAGAAAUCAGUUUGGCGAAGUGUACUUUCCUAAUUUCGAUUUAUGAUGAAAUAUAGUUAUAAUUUAUUUGUAAUACUACUUUAUGGUAUACCAGUGAAAGAAUUACAGUAUAAAAAAGAGGUAUUAAUGUUUUAUGAAAUCUCAUGCAUCAGUUCAUAGCAUAAAAUCUAGCUGGACAACUAAGAAGCUAUGGUAGCAAACAGUGAUGUUGAUGGAAUGAGAACCAUGAACUUUCGUAUUACCUCAGAGGAUUUUUUAUCAGUUUUUUUCCACACAUCAGAGAAAACUGACUGUAUAAACACUUAUCAUUGACCUCUUUCUAUGUGUAGUUUUGCCUUUUAUCUUUUCCCAAAUUUUUAUACAGAGAGAUUAAUAAAUAUUACAACAUUGUAAAA